AUGUCUGCCGAAACUCCCGAGACCCCCGCUGUGGGUGGUUCUUUGGCUGACCGCAUCACGAAGGCUGAAGACACGAAGCCCGCCGAGACUGCCACUGAUAACAAUCAAGAUGGAGCUUCUGGUCCCGCGCAGGGCUCAGCAAACCUUGAAGAGCCGGAUUACUCCGUCGAGGUGAAGUUGAGUGAUUUGCAGGCAGACCCCAACAACCCUCUGUUCUCAAUUAAGACCUUUGAGGAUCUUGGAUUGGACGAACGCAUUCUGAAGGGCCUGUCCACCAUGAACUUCCGAAAGCCCUCAAAGGUGCAAGAGCGCGCUCUGCCUCUCUUGAUGAGCAACCCACCCAAGAACCUGGUUGGACAGUCGCAAUCCGGAACUGGAAAGACAGCUGCCUUCGUCCUCAAUGUCCUGAGCCGUCUUGAUCUUUCGGACCAAAUGCGCCUGUCGCCGCAGGCCCUCAUUCUCGCGCCUACUCGUGAAUUGGCCCGUCAAAUUGUUGGUGUUGUCCAAAUUAUGGGACAAUUCCUGGAUGGUCUCACCAUUGGGACUGCUGUCCCCGCCGAUUCCAACGCCCGCCCAUCGAAGAUGGAAGCUGCAGUCGUUGUGGGUACACCCGGUACAGUUCAGGACAUGAUCAAGAAGCGCAUCAUGAACCCCAGCACAUUGAAGGUUCUUGUCCUGGAUGAGGCAGACAACAUGCUUGAUCAGCAAGGUCUUGGAGAUCAGUGCAUCCGAGCCAAGGCCAUGAUUCCCCGUGAUGUCCAGAUUGUUCUGUUCUCUGCCACCUUCCCUGCGCACGUUUACCGUUAUGCGGGCAAGUUCGCUCCCAACGCCAACGAAAUCACACUCCAACACGAGGAAUUGACCGUUGAGGGCAUUAAGCAGCUCUACAUGGACUGCUCUAGCGAGGAAGAAAAGUACCAGAACCUUGUUCAGCUCUACGGAUUGCUCACCGUUGGAUCUUCUAUCAUCUUCGUCCGGACCCGUCACUCUGCCGCCGAAAUCGAGCGUCGCAUGGUCGCAGAAGGCCACACCGUUGCAUCGCUGACCGGUGGUGUCGAGGGAUCUCAGCGUGAUGCCAUCAUUGAUUCUUUCCGUAGCGGAGAGGCCAAGGUUCUCAUCACGACCAACGUUCUUGCUCGUGGAAUUGAUGUUUCCACUGUCUCCCUCGUGGUCAACUACGAUAUUCCCGAAGAGUACACCUCCGGCCAACGUACACACACCCCCGACUUCCAGACCUACCUUCACCGUAUUGGUCGUACCGGUCGCUUUGGCCGUAUCGGAGUUGCCAUCUCGUUCGUUUCCAACCGCGACGAGUGGGAGAUGCUCCGCAAGAUUCAAGCACACUUCCAGUGCACCAUUGAUCGUAUCGACACUAGCGACUGGGAUGAAGUGGAGGAUAUCAUCAAAAAGACGAUCAAAAACACUCGCGCCCAAGCCGGAUUCAACCAGUGA